AUGCCUCAACCAACAAGUCCGUCCAGGGAUUACUGGAUAUCCGGCUAUGGGUUGUCUCGUCAUAUUGUGCUUCGACAGCUGCAAUACUUCUUAGGCCCCUCUGCCACCGUGCGGCCAUAUUCAUAUCGUGGCCGAGAGGGAUUCCUCAUCAAUGGUCCCGAGUUGACCAAGGAGCAGAUAGAGGACCUCAAACGCCAGUCGGAGCAAUAUGAAAAGCAACAAACAAUGCGAAUGUCCAACAAGGUCAGCAGCGGCACGGAUGACGAGGACUGCCACAUCAACGAAAUUGUCACCAUCAAUGCAAGCCGGAGGCACAACCUCGCACACGCUUCUGCAUCUCAUUACAAGCGGUCUCGGUGA